AUGCUAGCGCUAUCCCGCGCCGUAGUGGGUCGCCACGUGCCGCUGCGCACGCCAUCUCCCGCUCUGUAUCUCGCACGCCGCGGCUUGGCCUCUAUGGGGGAGAGUCUCAGGAAAUACGGUCGCGAUCUGACAGAAAUCGCCAAGGCCGGCAACUUGGACCCUGUGAUUGGCCGCGAGGACUCAAUCCGCCGCGCCACGCAGAUCUUAUCGCGUCGCACCAAGAACAACCCGAUUCUGAUCGGAGAGCCGGGCGUAGGCAAGACGGCAGUGGCCGAGGGCCUCGCACAGCGCAUCGCACUGGGCGAAGUGCCCGACAGCCUCAAGGACAAGAAAGUCGUGGCUCUAGACUUGGCCGCGCUCGUGGCUGGUGCCAAAUUCCGAGGCGAGUUCGAAGAGCGACUCAAAGCCGUGUUGAAAGACGUGGACGAGAGUGAUGGUAACGUGAUUUUAUUCAUCGACGAGCUGCACACUCUGGUAGGAGCUGGAGGCAACGAAGGAUCCACCGACGCCGCCAAUAUGCUGAAGCCAGCGCUAGCCAGAGGCGCGCUGCACUGUAUGGGCGCCACCACGUUGGACGAGUACAGGAAAUACAUUGAAAAAGACGCCGCGCUGGCCAGAAGGUUCCAGCCAGUGUUAAUCUCCGAGCCCAGUGUGGAAGACACGAUCACGAUUCUGCGUGGACUGAAGGAGAAGUACGAAGUGCAUCACGGCGUGAGAAUCGCCGACAGCGCGCUCGUGGCGGCUGCUACGUUGGCGAACAGAUACCUGACGGAGAGGAAGAUGCCGGAUAAGGCCAUUGACUUGAUGGACGAGGCGGCGUCGAGACUGCGACUGCAACAGGAGAGCAAACCGGAGCCCAUUGAGAAGCUGGACCGUGAGAUUAUCCUGCGUCGUAUCGAGAUUGAAGCUCUGCGGAAAGAGACCGACGCGGCGUCGAAGAAGCGCAUGGCUGCGUUGGAAGAAGAAGUGAAGAAGGCGACGCAGGAAUUGAACGAGUUGAUGGACGAGUGGAACGCGGAGAAACACAAACUGGAGGAGAUGCAGGACGCCAAGCGCAAGCUGGAAGAAGCUCGACGGGACUUGGUAGCAGCGCAGAAUGCUGGUAAUUACUCCAAGGCAGGAGAGUUGAUGCACUCUGUGAUCCCCAAGCUGGAAGCCGAGGUGGCUCAUGACGAGCAAGAGGAAGAGGAGAGCAAGAAGUCGGGAAAGAGCAGAACUUCACUCGGAGAUGCUGUCACAGCGGACCACGUAGCGGAAGUUGUGGCUCAGACGACGGGAAUUCCAGCGUCGACACUGAUGGAAGGAGAAAAGCAGCGCUUACUGAAGAUGGAAGAUCAUCUCAACCAGCAUGUGAUUGGUCAGGAAGAAGCUGUCAAGGCUGUGAGCAACUGUGUGCGUCUCGCUCGAGCUGGACUGCACGCACACAACCGUCCAUUGGGAGUGUUUAUGUUCCUGGGUCCUACAGGCGUUGGCAAGACGGAAUUGACCAAGUCUUUGUCGGAAUUUCUCUUCCAGACGCCACAGGCUUUGACUCGCAUCGACAUGUCCGAGUACAUGGAGAAAUUCAACGUCAGUCGUCUCGUGGGCGCUGCGCCAGGCUACAUCGGCUUCGAGGAAGGCGGUCAAUUGACGGAAGCUGUGCGGCGCAGACCGUACCAAGUGGUUUUGUUCGAUGAGUUCGAGAAGGCUCACCACGACGUGAGCAACAUUCUGCUCCAAGUACUGGACGAAGGUCGGCUGACGGACUCACAAGGUCGUCUCGUGGACUUCCGCAACACGGUGAUCAUCCUCACGAGCAAUCUGGGCUCGGAGAUCCUCGCUGGACUACCUGAAGGCGCCCCUAGCUCCAUGGCUGAGGCUGAUGUUCUGAACGUUGUACGCUCCCACUACGCUCCGGAGUUUUUGAACCGUAUUGACGAACUGGUUCUGUUUAACCGGUUGAAGCGCGAGGAUAUUCGUGCAAUUGCGGAUCUGCAACUACGUCAAGUGGACCAACUGCUGGAGGAGAAGGAACUGACGAUGAAGGUCGAUCCGGAAGCGGAGGACUGGCUGGCUGAAGCUGGAUACAGUCCACUAUACGGUGCACGUCCAUUGAAAAGACUGAUUCAACAGUAUCUGCUGAAUCCCAUGGCGGUCAAGCUGCUGGAAGGCGCUGCUGGUCCCGGUCAAGUCUUGCAUGUCAAGGCGAACCCCAAGUACGAAGAGGAACUGGUAAAAGACCCAAAAACAGCCACUCCGCUGCUCAUUUCUGUUGACUAA